CCAAACUUUCCCCGAAUGACGCGCUCCUUCUUGUUUCCAAAGAGAACCAAGGCUUCCCCCGUCGCACUUUGCCCUCCUUUAUUCGCCGAACAUAAAGAAGUGUUUUUUCUUCUUCUUUAGUAGCAAACAUUUAGCAUGACACGCUAGCAAAAGGCUAACUCGUUACCGCGGCCAUCGUCAUGAAGAAGUCGUCGCUGCUCCGCUUCGUCGCUUUUCUUCUUUACUUCACUGCUGUCGCCAAGGGCUCCCAUGCAUACUGUAACAAUAGGUCAUGUGACAGCAACGAGAAGCAACCUUUAUAUACAACAACAACAACAGUCACAUAUGCUUCACAGCCAAGCUGCAAUUCAUCCCUGGGAACCGAUAGGAACAUCUCUGGAAAUGGUUCAGUUUAUAACUUGACUUCUGGAGCCGUUUAUCAAAUCUUCAUCGGCUGCUUCAACUGCUGUCAACAAGUCACCAUGAAGCCUCGUGAAGUCACCAAUCUCACUGUCAACGAUGUGACAACAUCAUCUAUAAAUGUGAGCUGGACCAAACCAGAAGGGAAUUUCUCUUUCUUCAUGGUACAUUGGAGCCAUGGCAAGGAUGGCUACGAAGAAAAAACAUCAAAAAACAUCACUGACCUAACUGCUGGGACUAUGUACAAUAUAGUUGUAACUGCAGUGGCAGAUGAUGAAGUGACCAAAGGAGUCGGUGCAACUCUGUCUCAGUACACAAGACCAGGCAGUGUUCGUGAACUCUCUGUUGACACAAACACUUCUUCAAUAUCUCUAACCUGGAAACAACCUGAUGGUGAAGUGUUGACAUACAGGGUGCAGUGGCACAAUGGAGGAGAGCAGCCCUUGAGAGAGACAAGGAACACCUUUGCCGUGCUAUCAGACUUGGUGUCUGGCAAGGCAUACACAAUUACAAUAUUUUCUAUUGCUGGAGACAAUAAAACAGAGGGAGAUCCUUACCGAUUCACUGCAGUCACAAAGCCUGCUGUAAUUAGGGAUCUCCAAAUCACUAAUGUCACAACAUCAUCCAUAUCUCUGAAGUGGACUAAACCAGAGGGCAACGCUUCCGGGUAUAAACUGCAUUGGACAUCAGAAGGAAAGGCAGACAGCUUUAAUACCACUUUUACCAUCAACAAUUUAAUCCCUGGAAACAACUAUAAUAUUACAGUCAGUGCUGUUGCAGGAAACGAUUCAAACACAGGACAAGAGACCUUAAUUAGCACCUUUACAAGGCCUGAGAAACCUGGACAUAUAACAUCUACAUCAGGAACUGACAACCUUAUCAUUGUGUGGACCUUGCCUCAACAUGGAAGAGCAGAUAAAUAUGUGGUGAACAUCUCCAAUGAAGAAUUGUCAUAUUUCUCUAGCAAUGAAACACAGUCCAAAACAGCUCAAUUUAGUGGUUUGUAUCCCGGAAGACUUUUUCUCGUCACAGUCACUGCUGUUGCUGGAAACCAAAACAACCCAUCCAACCAGAGCUCGUUUGCUACCUUGCCCUACCCUGUGUUGAACCUUGUGGCCAGCCCUUUCAACAUAACCGCAAUACAAGUGGCAUGGUCACACUCGCAGGAAUUAAAUUACACGUACAUUGUUAAAAUCUACAACGCUACAGGAACCCUUGUGAAAAAACUACAAGUCCAUGAUAUUAACAGCACUAUAGUGAGUGAUCUGGAACCAGGAACGAGAUACAACGUCAGUGUCACAACAUUAGCACCACCAGGAAGUGAAUCCACAGCAGAGCAGACGUUCACUUACACAAUUCCCAAAGCAGUGACUGCACUAAGGGUGAAGGACGUAAACACAACAGCCAUCACCUUGACGUGGCUCAGGCAAAGUGACCAUAAGGACUCCUACGCCUACCUGGUGACAAUGUCACAGGAUGGCAAAGUGCUUCACAAUGUUUCAACUAAAACAGAAAUCUAUACCUUUUCUGGCCUGACCCCUGGAGCAUCGUACAGUUUUGAAGUGUUUACCGUUGUUGAAGGGGUGAAGUCUCAAGGGGAAUAUAUAUCAAGCUACACAAGGCCUUCGCCAGUUUCUGACAUCCUCUUGAUAGGGACAACGACAAAUAUGUCUGUGUACUGGAGUGCUCCAGUUGGGCAGGUGGAUUCCUACACUGUCCAGUUGAACAGACACUCAAAAUCUGUGAGCAACGCCACUUUAAACACGACAUUUACAGACCUGAAGCCAGGAGUGCUUUACUGUGUGGUGGUGAUAAGCAAAAGUGGACCUUUCGAGAGCAACAGUUCCAGUGUCUGCAAUGCAACUUUUCCAAACCCUCCUGGAUCCAUCAGUGUUCAGUCGCAGACUGUCGAUUCCAUUAACUUCACCUGGAUGUUGCCACAUAAAAUGGAUCAAAAUCAGCACAACUUCAGCGUGUCAAGUGUCAGUGGCUUUUCAACUACCACAAACAACUGGUUUUUGCUGACCAAUCUUCAAUCUGGAACCCGGUACUCUCUUUCUGUUGAAACUAUUGCAAUCCUGGGCUAUAAAAGCAUAGCCGUUACAGCAAAUAAUUAUACAAGACCGUAUUCAGUGACCACGCUGAGAGCAGUAGAAAUUAGCACAGACUCAGUGGUGCUGGUGUGGGAGCAGCCAGAAAACAAGUCGGACUACUCGUAUGUGGUGCAUUACUCCAACGAAUCGUCCAAUCCACAGUCUAAAGUGGUCUCCAGAACAUUUGUGAAUAUCUCUGACCUUCUCUCUGGCAACAACUACACUUUUGCUGUCUCUGCACAAACAGCAGAUGGUACCCUGGCUGCUCCACGGAUCAAGUCUGUGUUCACACGACCUUUUGAGAUUAAUGAAUUGAAGGCUCACACCAUAAACUCAACUGCCAUACGUUUGACAUGGAUGAAGCCGCAGGAGCACAAGCCUGAGUAUACAUAUCGGAUUGAAACUACUGACUGUAGCUCCCAAAACAAAACGGUGGAAGAGGAUUUUGCACUGAUCUCAGAACUCCCUCCGGGGACACAGUGCAGUUUCUCUGUUUUUGUCCAAGCAGGGGAUGGCAUAGAGGGGAGAGCAAAGCGCAUCUCUCAGUACACAAAACCUGAGAGGGUACAACCCAGUAUCUCCAGUCUUGGCUCCAAUAUUUCAGUUUUGGUGUCCUGGAUGAGCCCGCCUGGUAAUGUAGAGAAUUACUCUGUUUACCUCAACACUUCCUCCAUGGCUUCUCAACCGCAGCUGGUGCAAACUACCAACAACUCAUUGCUGUUUGAGGGUCUGUCUGCUGGGAGCCUGUACAGUGCCAUGGUGAUGUCAUAUAGUGGACCAUUCAAUGCAACAUCAGAAUUUGUUACCAAUGCUACUUUUCCAAACCCACCCGGGCCUAUUGAGAUCCUCAGAAAGACAACACACUCAAUCGAAGUAAGGUGGUCAGAAGCGGCCCUGAUGACUGAAGGAUCGUUCUACUACCAGCUGACAAGCACGCCUUCUGAGGAAUAUGAAUACAUGAAUACGACUAACACCAGUCAUACUUUUGAGCCUCUGCUUUCUGGGACACCCUACAACAUUUCCAUAGCAACAGUGGGUGUCUUGGGUUUUAGGAGUGAAAAGGUCCAUGCCUAUUUGGUAACCACAAAACCUCUAAGUGUGAAGUAUCUCAACACAUCCGAGGAGGAAGAAAACAUCACCGUCAAGUGGACUCAACCUGAUGAUUACAAGGAAGACUAUCUUUAUUAUUUGACAUGGAAAAGCUCAGAUCAGCCUAUCAGUGGCAAUGUUUUAACUGGCCAAACGGUGCAUACCAUCGAAAAGCUGGAGCCUGGCAGCAGCUAUAACUUUACAGUUGUCUCAGAGACUUCGGAUGGAACUCAGGGUGCCGCCAGAUCGAUUUCCAGUUGCACAGAUGCAAGUCCAUUGAGAAAUGUAACAUGUGAAGGUCCAGAUAAAACAGAUGCAGAAAUUGUCUUGUCCUGGACUAAGCCGAGGGGCCAGUUUCAUGGAUUUCGCAUCACUGUAAAUAAUAGCGACACAGUUGACUUCAGAACCUGUAAUGAAAGCUGUAGCCAGACCAUCUCCAACCUCAGCCACUACACAACAUACCAGCUCAUGAUGGAGACACUGAGCUGUGGACAACCGGCCACUCCAGUGUUUCUCCACUGCAAGACUGGCAUCACAGACCCACCAAUUCCAGUAAACUACGAGUCACUAGUGAAUGUGACCGACAAAGUAUACAACAGGUUCACCAUUCAGAUCAACCCCAGCCUCCUGCUUGACACCCAUGGACCAAUUACUCAUUUUGGUGUGCUAAUAACGGACAAGAUAGGAAACGCUGCUGACACAUCUAAUAUGACCCAGUACUUGGAGAAAACAUAUCAACAAUGGGAAGACAAAGAUACCUCAACAUACCUUGCAACAGUAAAAGAGAGAAAUGUUCAGUCACGCAGUCAAGAGACCAAUGUUGUUGUAGACAUAGGAGAUGGUUCAGAAUGGGAGGGCUACACCAAUGGUGCACUUCAUGGCAAUGGAAGAUACCAGUAUGCCAUUGUACUGUUCACUAGAUUGAGUCUCCAGGACAACCUAGUGAAGGCAGGGUCAUCCGGGUCAAAGGCUUCCAUCACUAAUUUCUAUUCUGAAAUAAAUCUCCCACAGGACCCAGUCGUCAUCAGCAUAGCUGUCGGAGCAACAUUGGGAAUUUUCUGUGUUCUCUUCAUCGUUCUAAUUGGCUUCAUUGUAUACUGGAGAAGGUUAUCAAGUAAAGAAACAUCAGACAUCCAGAUUCAUUCCAUGAGCAGGAGUGCAGCAGUGAGCGUAGAGGAUUACGAGGCUUACUACAGGAAGCAGAAAGCAGACUCCAACUGCGGCUUUGCUGAAGAGUUUGAGGACCUAAGGUUUGUGGGUACGUGCCAGUCAAAAGCAAAUGCUGAGACACAGGAGAACAAGGCCAAGAAUCGCUACAACAAUGUGCUUCCCUAUGAUUCCUCUCGUGUGAAACUCUCUAUCAUUCAUGGCAGUCCAUAUGACGACUACAUCAAUGCUAACUACAUGCCGGGUUACAACUCCAGGAAGGAGUUUAUCGCGGCUCAGGGGCCUUUGGCCAGCACUGUCAAAGAUUUUUGGAGAAUGAUCUGGGAGAAGAAUGUGCACACCCUGGUCAUGCUGACACGCUGUAACGAACAGGGAAGAAUCAAAUGUGAGCAGUACUGGCAUCCAGGAAGCAAACACUUUGAAUACAUUUCAGUUACAACAACCUCUGAAAUACCACUUGAUGACUGGACCAUUCGGGACUUUGACAUAAAAAAUGUGAAAACAGCAGAGACUCGUUCAGUUCGUCAGUUUCACUUCACAGCUUGGCCUGAUCACGGAGUACCAGAAACCACUGAGCUCCUUAUCAGCUUCAGACACCUGGUCAGAGAGCACAUGGACCAGUACUCCACCAACUCUCCCACUGUGGUCCACUGCAGUGCUGGGGUGGGCCGCACAGGCACCUUCAUAGCCAUCGAUCGUCUGAUCUUCCAGAUUGAAAUCGACAAUGUUGUGGAUGUGUACGGCAAUGUCCAUGAUCUACGCAUGCACCGCCCCCUCAUGGUGCAGACGGAGGAUCAGUACGUGUUCUUAAACCAGUGUGCAAUGGACCUAAUUCGAUCAAGAACUGGAACUAAUGUGGAUCUAAUCUACCAAAACACAGCUGCGCUCUCCAUCUAUGAGAAUGUGGAACCCAAAAAAGUUUUUUAUAAAACAUGAUACAUCAAUGCAUAAAAAGGCCAGAAGCAGCACUCAGGUAUUCUACUUCAAAUAUGAAAAUACUGGAGAAAAAAACCCCACCAUUCGUCACAUUCUUCAUAGUUGUAUUUGGAGAUAGAAUAAAUACCAAAGACCUUAAAUCAUUUUAGAUUGUUAACCAAAUAGUAAAUAUUUGAAAUAUGUAGCUGUUCACUGUAACUAUUACUGGCUUAAUACUGUAUAUGAUUUCUCAGGUAUAUUGGACACUGUAUGGGUAUUAUUAUGACUGACACUUAAAAGUUUAAAAAGGAAAGUGUCAUCAUUUGAACUGGUGGUCCUGUACCUCUUUAAUGAACCAGCAGAUGGCAGCCAAGUGACAACCAUAAAUUAUUUUCAAUGGCUUUGCUCCUAAAUUUACUUCGAGCUGUGCAAUAGAUGUGUUUGUAUUGGUAUGCACUAAUGUGAAUAAUGCACUGGAUGCAUUCAUUUAAAAGUACAAUUAUUUGUUUUCAUCAUUUGUGUAUAAUGUCAUACUAUUUUUUUUAUGUAUUUAACAAUUCUAUGCACAAUAAUGAUACUUCCUGCUGUAUAUCUUCCAAUAUCCCUGUUCACAUAUGAGAUUACCAUUGUUUUUAUUUGCUAAACAAAAUCUUUUUUCAUGGGACCGGUACAUUCUUUUGAAACAUUAUUCCAGUGUGAUUUUGCUGUAAUAAUUCAAGAUGUUUGGAAGCACUUACAUUUUUAGGAAAAUACAGAAAACAGUCACAAGCAUGUGUACAAUGUCUUAAUUAUUAUGUUUUAUUUUUUGUACUCUGUGUAAUAAUAAGAUGCUUACUGGUGCAAUGCAAACCUGUAAAUGGCACCCAUUUUUUAUUUGUGUGGUAAUGAAACAGAAUAGUAUUCAGUGGAACUUUUGCUUGUUUAUGUCUCCUGUGUAUUUGCGGUUUUCUUUCAAUGUGUUUUAGCAACGCUUCGCCGCUAGAGGGCGAAACAUCAUUGAUGCUGUUUUCCAGCAUGUUGCAAACACAUAAGAUAAAUAAAUAAAAAACACAAUUAUUUAUUCAUACACAACUUUGUUUGCCAUAUGUAUGGCACCCAUUUUUUAUUUAUGUGGUAAUGAAACAAAAUAGGAUUCAGUAGAACUCGUUUAUGUCUCAUGUGUAUUUGCUGUUUUCUUUGAAUGUGUUUUAGCACAGCUUCGCCAGUAGAGGGCGCAAAAUCAUUUGCGCUGUGUUCUAGCAAGUUGCAAACACAAGAUAAAUAAAUAAAAAACAAAAUAAAUUAUGCAUACACAACUU